AUGUCCGGGUUAGUCCGACCAUCAACUGAGGAAACACCCUAUGGUGGCGAUGUUUCGAGUGGUGAUGAGGCAGAGCCAUCUGAACAGCCCCGUAAUGACAUUGAAAUUGUGUAUGAGUAUGCCCAAGAUAGAGAAAGCAUGGAUGAGGAUGUUGUAGAAGAAGACCUCUUGCUACCGAUUAUAAAAAAACCAUUAUCCUCUGCUCUCAGGACAGAAGGUCAAAAGGAAAAUAAUGGAUUGACGAUGAACUAUUGUGAUAUUCCCAGUAGAAAAAAGGACCAGGAAGGAGGUACUGGCAAAGAAAUACAUGAACAAGUAACUCCCAACAAAAAUCGGCUCAAUCGAAGUACUCCUGCUUCCAAUCGUCGAAGACCCACCGUACAGGUGAAAGCACUAACCUCUUCUGAGGUAUCUGAGAAGUACAAUCAGUUGAUGGAUAUGCGUCUGGAGAUUGCUGACUUCACUAAAAAACGGCUAGCUCAAGAAUUAGAUCAUUCGAAGGAUAAACAUAAGAAAGGAAUGGAACUGCUGGAUCUGCAAGUUUUAGUAGAAAAGGAAAGGUUGAAUAAGCCUAAACGACCUGAUUAUUAA